AUGGUGUUGACUGAGUUGUUGCUAAGGUUCUUCUACUCUCCGCCAUCUUCGUUUUUCAUCUCAGCCAUGUCUAUCAUCAAUUUUGCAUCAUUAGCAAAUUCAGGAUUCAUGGAAAGCAAAGGGAAAAACAUACAAUAUGCCAAGUUCUUUAAUGCUGGUUCUGUCAAGACAUCUUCCGCUGAUAAGAAAGCCAAACUCUCUGGUAGAAUUGGGAUGCUUAUUUUUUACUCUCCUGCGCUACUCGCCAGUGUGGCUUCUUUUGCUCUUUUCCCAGAUGAGGGACUGAGAUUUGAUUUGCUUCGUCUGGCUCUAACCAUCCAUUUUUCCAAGAGGGUCUUUGAGGUCCUAUUCAUACACAAGUUCAGUGGUGGCAUGGAAGUUGAAGCUGCAAUUGUCAUCUCCUUCAGUUAUUUUGCUUCUACAGCAACCAUGAUUUAUGCUCAGCAUCUCACCUAUGGGCUUCCAGAACCACCGAUCGAUCUCAAGUAUGCUGGAAUUCUACUGUUCUUACUGGGAAUUAGUGGAAACUUUUACCACCAUUACCUCCUCUCAAAACUAAGAACCGAAGGUGACAAAAGGUACAAAAUUCCCCAAGGUGGACUGUUUAGUUUGGUCAUAUGUCCACACUAUCUUUUCGAGAUUCUUGGAUUCAUUGGGGCGUCAUUCAUUGCUCAAACAUUGUAUGCAUUUUCCUUCACCCUCGGCACCCUUUUCUUGUUGAUGGGAAGGAGCUUCGCCACCAGGAAAUGGUACCGUUCCAAGUUUGAUAAUUUUCCAGAGAAUACCAAGUCUCUCAUUCCAUAUGUCUUCUGA